AUGGUCGCCCCUGCACGGAAGUUUGGCUUCAUCUUUCCCAUGGCCUCGGGCCACAUCAACCCCUCUCUGCCCGUCGCACGUACCUUGGUAGAGGAAGGCCAGGAAGUCCACUACCUCUGCAGGGAGCAGAUGAAGGAUGCCAUUGAAGACACGGGGGCCACCUUCCAUUCGGAGAUCGAAGCGCUGCCGGAGAUGUAUGAAGGAAGAAAUGUUGACAUCUUCGGAUGCUUGUCGGACCUUCAAAAGGAGUUUGGCUUGGAUCAGGACCCUCUGUUUGUCGCGAUGUUCAAGAUCCGGGAAAUUAUGCAGGAGAUGAUGUUGCCUGGCAUUCUACGCUGGCUUGAAAAAGUCGGUGUAGAUGUGGUCGUGCUGUGCCCUCUGAUGAACAAGGAGGCCUGCUGGGCCGCCCAGAUUCUUGGCAUUCCAUGCGUCGGUAUCAUGACAACUGCUGGGCCGGGAAGCCUGCGUUUGGCGACUUUGGAGUGGAUGGAGAAGAUGGGCUACACCACUGAGCGGUGCCUGAAGGAGCGCCGUGCCUAUCAACCUCUGCUUGACGCUGUUGAUCGCUUGAGGGCCAAAUAUGGCUUAGAGAUCGAGCUCGAUGAGGAAAUGGCACCAGUAGGAAUGUCGGUGGUCGCAAAGCAAUCGGCACUGACACUGGUCACCACCGUUGACUUCUUGGCGGAUCCCUUGUCACCGGAGCUGGAGAAGAUCUACGAAGAAGCCCAAACGGAGUUUGUCUUCGUCGGGCCGCUGCUCGAUAAAGCCGGAGCCAAGCGAGCGGCAGGGCACAAGUUCCAGAAAGACGCCGAGUCUACCAAGGGGCUUGAGACGACGCCGCAGCCAGCGCAAUCUGCACAAAUCGCCGAUGCCAUCGACCCCGUAGCCUUGAUUCGCAAGGCCCGCGCAGAGGGUCGGGAGGUGAUCUUUGCGAGCAUGGGAACGGUAAUUACAGGAGACAGCCCAGAAGUGGGCUGGGCCAACCACAUGUCCGUCGAUGGAGUUUUUCAGGGCUUGACCGGCAAAGAGCUUUGCCAAGCCGCCUGGGGUGGUCUUUUCGAUGCCUUCGGCACGGACAACGCUGAUGGCGCUCCGCUGCUGUUGGUCUCUUUGGGACCCCAGCCAGAUGCACUUGAGAACCUCAUGGCUCCGGCGAACGCCGUAUGCUUGCCCGUCAUGCCACAAGUUGACAUCUUAAAGGAGGGCGUGGACUUGUUCCUGACACAUGGAGGCCAAAACAGCUUCAUGGAAUCCCUGAGCACUGGUGCUCCGGUCGUCGUUUGCCCAGGAUUUGCUGACCAACCUGUCAAUGCUCAGAAGGCUGUCCAGCUUGGUGUCGGCCUGCAAAUCGAGCGACCUAUGUGCGAUCUGAGCGAGGCCUCACAGGCGGCUGCCAAGUACCGAUGCGACGUUGCGGCAGCAGUCGAAGAGGUCCGCAGGAACCCGGAGUUCAAGACCAAAGCCAACGAGUGCUCUUUGAAGAUGCAGUCUGCAGGUGGUGUCCGGCGGGCCACAGAUCUCAUACUCGAGGUUGCGCAAUCAGGAGCACUUCGCAACAGCAAGCUUGGCGGUGCUUGA